AUGGCAUCUCGUCAAAUACCACCUAGUACAACAUCAACACCGAUAAUAAGUUCAAACGGAAACAAUUCUAAUCGUGAUACACCAAUAGUCACAUCUGAUAAACAGCAUUUGAAUGAACAGGAACGAAUGCGUUUGAAAGAAUUCGGUCAACUAUUUAAUCGACAUAGUUCAAUAAAUCGAGCGUUAUUAGAAGAACUUUUCCGUAAAGAACCAUCGGAAUAUACGCAAGCUGUUUAUCGUUAUGCAAGUCGAAUAUAUCAUUGUCUAAAAGAAGAUCAAGUAAAUCCUCUAUUAAAAGCAUUAGCUGGUACAAAAGAAGAACAAGUACCAGUGAAAAAAACGACACUUGAUGUACCAAAAAUUGACUAUGCGAGUGAUAAGCAAAAACGACGUACACUUAAAUUAGCUUUUUCUGUGCUACGCUAUCAAAAAAUUGUUGAAGAACUAUUAGAAGAAACUCAAUUCUUUGGAAAUUAUGCUGAUUUAAAAGAUGAAUUAAGUCUUGUUUCAACGAUUCUAUAUGAUUAUUUAAGUCGUAAAUUUCAACCACGUGAUGAACCUGUUGAUCCUGAUGAUAAAGAAGAUGCAUCAAAUAAUGAUCCGUUAGUAACAACAAUUGAAAAUGCUAUUUUACAAGAACGUAAGCGUCUAGCUGCAGCAUUAGCGCGUAACAGAAUUAAAUCACAAGCAUUAUCACUUGAAGAUUUACUACCAGAAAAUCUACGUGAAGUUCAACAACAUUCAGCUGAAUUGCCAAUCUAUGCUUGGGUUAAUCUUAUUAAAACUGAUAUGGAAACUGUGAUCAAAGUCUUCGAAAAUAGCGAACAGAUGAAACGAGUUAAAUCAAUAAACGAAAUGGAUAAACGAGCAUUUUUUGUUGAUUAUCAUUGUUCAAAUUUACUUGUAUUUCAUUAUUCACAAAAACAACGUAUUGCUAAUCAUUAUCUUGUUCGCGAUAAUCAUCUAUAUUUACAAGAUAAAUCAAGUUGUAUUGCUGCACAUUCAAUAAGAAAAUUAUUAACUAAAAAAGAUAACAUUAUUAUAGCUUAUGUUAGUGGAGGUCUCCUUCUUCAACUUUUAAUGGUACUUACAGAAGAUCUUGAAUCAAAAAUUUAUGCAUUCGGCGGUCGUACCGAUGAAAAUAUUCGAGAUAUGUUAGCUAAAAUAAAAACAUUGGGAGCCACGGAUAAACGUGUCAAAAUUUUUAAAGAACGCUUUACUGAUAUUAACUUUGAUGAAUUCAAUAUGGAACAUUGUAAAGUUAUUCUAUGUAAUCCACCUGAUUCUCGUUCUGCUCUUAUACAACCACUUGACUUUCUCUAUAAUGAAGGCGAAGAUGUAUCAUUACUUAAACAUUUUUCACAGCCAACAGAAAACAAAGGUUAUAUAAAAGAAUGCAUACAACGUGAAACAGCUUAUAUGAAGCAAGCAGUUCGAUAUCCAUUGGCCAAGGCCGUUGUCUAUGUAACGUUUUCAAAAAAUAAAUCUGAAAACGAAGAAAUUGUUCAUGCAACAGUGAAUGAACAAACUGAGCAACGGUCACAAACUCCUAGAAAAGAUGCUGGAUUUUAUAAAGUAUCCCCACCGGUACUUCCUAUUCAAUUUGGCACUCGAAAUGAACAAAUGCCAAUUCUACGUCAAGGUACUUUUAUACAAUUUGAAUCGUCACAAAAAAUGAAUGGAGUUUUUGUUGCUUUGUUAUUGCGUGAACGUGAAAAACGCCGUUCAAACGCGCAAAAAAAGAAGAAUGACGACGGCGAUUCUGAUGCAGACAAUCAGCCAAAAGCGAAAAAAGAACAGUUGGGUUUUCAAUUUGAAACUGAAAUGCGUGCUGCGCAACGUAAACAACACCAACAGCAACAGCAGCAGCAACCAACAACACCGAAAUCUCAACGUAAAAGUACAACAGUAUCAUCCAGUCGACGUGCCAAAUCAAGUGCAGCAAUGGCACGGGAUCUUGCUACUACAUCAACAGCACGAUUUGAACCAACAACUGCUCAAACUCCUCAACCAGCUCCGCCAGCUAGUACUGAACCAAGAGAAUUAACACUUUCAGAACGACUAGCAUCGAUCGGACGUAUAACAAGUACAUUGGAAACAACUCCAGAUGAGACGCCAACAAAUAAUGACCUUAAUAAUCAAUCCCAUUCACAAGUUCACAGGUCAAUAUAUAAUCAAAUAGUGUUUGAAAACACAAGAAUCAUCGAACAAAUUGAACCUAUUUUAUUCAAUAAUAAUAAAGAACAUAAUCAAUCAUCAAAUUUUCAUUUCAAUAAUACACAUUAUCAAGCCAAAAAAUUGUCCUUGACAUUGUCACCACAUACGCCUAGCUACCAUCUAAUCCCAGCAUAUUCUUCAAAUGAUCAAAUCAAUCGACGCUAUUUAUAUCGAAAUCGUUCUCGACAUAAGAAUCUUCCUAUUACGCAAUGCAAAAUUACUUUAGAAAAUUCAAAGGAUAUUAUUCAACGUUGUCACGCUUGUAAACUUAAUUAUCAAUCGAAAUGUAUACAUUAUCAUGAGCAAUAUGAUAUUCAUCAAUUUCUUCGAAAGUUACACAUACGAAAUCGAAUGCUAUCAAAAACAAAAACUUCAAAGGCACAUGUUGACGAAUUUCAAAAAGUCAAAUAG